AUGCACAGAAACGGGACGUUCCAGUUUCGGGAGCGUCUGAGGAGCCGGCAUGAACUGCAGACGGCUCGGGCUGAGGAGCGUAUUCCACUGAAUGGGGAAUACGACUGCUUUGAGAUACGCAUGCUGCACCGCGUCGAAGCUGCGGGCACCGUAGCAUUAACCGCGAAAAUAGAGCCGGAAGAGAGCGGCGUGCCAUGUGCCAGAAAAUGGCAUACAUCGCAAGGGAGUACGAAAACGGUUGGCAGCACUGUAGUUGCGGAGGAAGCGAUACCAUGCAUACUCGGCUGCGCAAUGAGACUAAGCACGACGUUGAUGUCAGAGGGGUUCCUCUGUACACAAGCUACUGCAAUGGUUGUUGGUCAAAAAAGACUCAGCAAAUACUGUUAUUCCUGCACUCAGGAUCACGACACAACAAGGGGAGGAAAAAACAAUGUGUCCAUUGAGGCAGACGGCCAGACUAGCUUGACAAUAUCGAACAUAUUGCGAGGGCGGCGGCAAAACGGCCCGAGGGAUCGAGGUAGGAACCUGGAGGAGAGAAUCCUAGCAACGUAUGGAGGCGCAAAAAGGAGCACGAGUGUUCACAAGAGACUAGCCGAACUUGAGCUUGAGCAUUACCGCCUCGGCGCGGCCCGGCGUCCCGCCCACUCUGAACGUCUUGACGCAGCGCACGUCCUCUUGCUGUUGCUGCAACAUCGGCUCGCGUCUCCUACACACGCGGCAUCUCACCGCCGAGGCUCAGACUGCAGGAGUAUUACAGCUUACCCACCGAUAGGCACUGGUCAUUCUAUUCCGUCCGCGUCAUCGCUGGAACAUAUUCUCACGGCGACUUCCCUUGACAAAAUGUCUAUCCCCGAUUCCAAGAGGAGCCGCCGAAUAUCGAGCCUGGGAGGAGGCAAUCUGCUGCCGUUCUCCGAAGCCCUUUGCUACGUUCUCCAGAUCCACUCUCCUUCUACAUUUCCAUGUUCCGCGUCCAACGCGCUGUGCGCGCAGCUCCUGAAGAGCUAUGAGCGCGUUUCAGAAUUAUAUGCUAAUGGCGGGAAACAUUGUGUCAGCGCGCCUCGGCCCGUUCUUGUGAGGGUUGUCUCCCGGCAGAUGGGCCUGCUUCUCGCGGCCUUUCGCUGUUGA